CCUCACGCCCGCUGCUUCCCGACAUGCACUGCGGCAUCGCCGCUCCGCGCCGCUCUUCCCGGGCCCCGCGGCCGCCGCCUUCUCCCCCCCUCCUCCCUCCGCCGCCGCCAUGCGGCACAGCCUCACCCAACUGCUGGCGGCUUCCUCGGGCGGAGCGAGCCCUUCGGGAGCCGCGUGGCCUCUCGCCGGCGCUGGGCAGGCCCCGAGAGGGCGGGAUGGCGGCGGGGAAGGGGAUCCGGGAGCGGCGAGGCCCAAACAACAGCAACAGGAAAAGGAGGCGGUCGAAGGCCCGCCCGAGGUGUGGGAACAAGAGGACUGGUUCCCCGGGCUGGAGCUGGGAGACCUGCUGGAGGCGGCCAGGCCGGAAUGGGACGCGGGAGCGGAGCCGAGCGGCUGUUUCUGCGGAGAAGCGGGGCGGGGCCGCAGGCGGCGGAGCGGCGGGGCCGGCAGCAGGCUGAAGGCGGCGGCGGCGGCGCGGCUGAACCGGCUGAAGAAGAAGCAGUACGUGCUGGGGCUGGAGAGCCGCCUGCAGGGCCUGGCCGCCGAGAACCGGCAGCUGCGGGACCGCAACCGCGGCCUCAACCGCCGCCUGCGGGAGUUGGAGCGGGAGAGCGGCUACCUGCGGGCCGUGCUGGCCAACCAGAGCGCGCUGGGGCAGCUCCUGAGCCGCUUGGCCGGGACGCGGGCCGGCGGGCUGCGCCUGGGCACCAGCCUCUUCAGGGACGGCCGCCGCCAGCACCAACAACAGCAGCAGCACCAACAGCAGCCCAGCCGGGCCGGCGGCGACAGCGGUGACCACGACUACGCGCUGCCCAACGCGCGGCCGCCCGGCCCCGAACAGCUGCCGGGCGCGGAGCCCGAGGAGCGUUGGGCGGCUCCCGGCGGGAUCUGCCUGCACGUGGAGCGGGAUCAGGUGUCGGUGGAGUUCUGCUCCAUCUGCGCUCGGCGAGCGGCAGCCUCCUUCAAAACGUAGGGUCUGCUACCCGCCGCAAGUGCCUCCUCGCGGAGAAGGGGAAGCUGUCGCCUUCGGGUGACGGAAUUCCGAACGACGGGUGAGCGCCUCGACCGAAGGCCGCGUCGAGCCGGCGGCGGUGCGAGCCGGGCGCGGUGGUGACGCGGAGCUGCGGGCGGGGAACGGACGGCGCCGACCCGAGGCUGGACGGCGUGCGGCUGUCGGUAGAGAUAAUGUUGACCCAGCCGGGUUUGUGUCAGCCCGUUUAUCCCAGCUGAAAACGCUCGCUUAGAAAACCGAAACCUUCAUUAAGACGUCGUCGUCGGACGGCAAGUAGUAACGAUUGGAAAAAGAAAGCAUGCGUAUAAAAUUGUGCUGCUUCUUGGUUAUACGUUACUAUUAAAACCUCUCUGACAGUUUCUCUUUUAGGUGCUUGCCCUGCCAGGCUCCGUUGUGUAGGGGUUAAAGAGCAGUCGUUUCCCACCUCGCAACCUGUGGAUUCAGCUGUGUUGGGGCAGAAGAGACGGGACCAGCUGCUGGCCACAUUUCCUGCUUUAUUUUAAAAGGUAGUAUAAGAAAUGAGAAUAAAGAGGUAACAGGGCUUUUGCUGUCUUUGUUUAAACAAACGAAAAAAGGUUGAAUGCUGGGAUUCAUUAUCUGUCAUCCGAGAUGUUUUUUAGAAGACAGUAUCCUAUCAAGCAGUGUUUUCAGAAUUCCAUCUGCUCAGGAUGCACUGCCAGCACAAGAGAGACUUAAGACAUGCAUUACUGCGGUGGCAUUGGCAGGACUGUUCCGAGGUUCAGUCUUUAGCUGUGUGCUCUGCUGCAGGUGGUGGGUUAUGCCAGGACCUUCUCUAGAUGUGUGCUGACUGAUACACAGAAUGGAAAUUAGUUAGAUUGAGCCUAGGUUGAAUCUGCCUGGCUCAGGCUUCACAACCACACUUCAGUUUGAAUUUUAGUGUGUGCAUGAGAAGGGAAACACAAAUGCAGCAAGUGUGGGAUGUUACAGUGGCACUGCUACAGUCGCUUCAGUGCAGUUUAUUUAAGUUAAAUAAGCAUUGUUUCAUUUUGCAUCACUGCAACGCGGUAGGAGUCAGAGAUCUCUGUUAUGAAGCUGCACAUCACUCAAGCCAUGAAACCACCUGAGCUGUGUUUGAUGUUGUGGUACACACAGUGACAUAGACCUGUGCAAGAACAAGGUCAAGUCCCAGAAAGUAAGUGGCUGCAGGCAUAUCUAGUGCCUACUGAAUCAUAUUUAAACCAAGUAGAGGGGAGGAGGUUAUUUGAAACUAACCAACUGUACCAUCUGUAUGGUGUAUUAAUGUAGCUUUUUGAAGUGGAAGCCUUGAAAUGACUUUAACUUAAUACUUGAAAAUAUAUUGUAAAUGUUUCUUUGUAAUGACGUGCCAUCCAGAUGAGAAUACGGUAUCGUAAUAAAGUCAGACCUGUUGAUCUUG